AUGCCAGCUUGGCGCAGACGCAAGCGCGGUGCCGCCGAGCAGCCGAGCAACAGUGGCAACGGCCGGCGACCCGCGCAGCUCAUGGGCCCCCCCGCUCACCCCUACCCAUCGUCCAGGGCCUCUAGGUACUCGAGGUACGAACCCGACCGUCGGUCAAGGUCCCCCAGGGACCGCUCCCCAGACCGUUUCGAGAGGAGCUCUCAGUAUGGCGAGGGCGACAGACGACGCUCGUCGGCCGAGGCCAGAUCCACCUCGUCGGGCUUCCAGGCCAGCCGCGAUUCUUUCGGUGAUCCUAUGCGCAGGGAACCCCCUCGUGGGCCCAAGGCUCUCGUCGAACCCCCGAGCGGCCCAAGGGGAGGUGGCUUCGCCGAUCGAGGUCGCGAGAGAGACAUGGAAUACCGCGACAGAGACCGCGACUGGAGGGACUCGCGGGACUUCCGCUCCCGCCGCUCGCCUGUUGGCAGAGCACGAUCGCCGGUGCGAGACUUCCGAGAUCGGGAUCGGGAUCGGGAUGGGCUCCCUGCAGUUGAUGCGGACAGAGCACGGCGCGACUCUCGAGACGGCGGUCCCCCAUCCGCAGGCUCGACAUCCUCGGACCCACAGUUCGGCAUGGCUCCUUUUGGGCGGGGAGGAGGUUAUAUCCGUGGUCGUGGGAGAGGUAGUCGGGGUGAUUGGACAUCCUCGGACAGAGGUCGAAGCCGGACGACGUACGACGACCGUGGCGACCGUUAUCCCCGAAGCCGCAGCCAAGAGGGCCGCUGGGGCCGCGAACGAGACGAACGUGACCGUGGCGACAGGUAUCCAGACCCGGAUGCUCGACGCGACCUUCGUGACGAUCGUGACCGCGGCGAGCGCGAUUUGAUACGGUCCAAGAAGGAAAGCCGCCUACCCAACCCGCAAGACCUAGCCUCGCAGUCCAGGGAAGUAUCGCCUCCUCCAGUCGCUCCCUCAGCACCGGCGUUUGGCUCUGUUCCGAGUCGCAGCACAAGCGGUGGCGAUGGCUCUGCAUCGGUUGGCACGGGAAAGCCUCCACCGACAGCCCCGAGGGCUUUUAGCGAACGCCCAGUCUCGGCCGGCCAAGACUCCACUCUUCCGCCCGCAGGUCCAUCGAGAAGCCUGACCCAUGACCACCCUCCAAUUCCUGUAGGACCUCGAGCGCAGCAGCAACGCCCUUCGAGCAAGCAGUGGAUUAACCCUAACUUGAAAAAGCAAGCGGAAUACAGACGAUCCGGCAGUAGCGACGCCAAGUCGAACCCAGGAACGUCGAGCUUUGAGGAAAGGGCUCGCUCUCACCACAGUGCCGAGCCAGGAGAGAUUUUGUUCAAAUCCGAGUCGGAUACUCGUCAUCAGGGGGGCCGUGGGGAUAGAAAUGCAACGGCCUCCACCUCGUCGGGCCUAGGUGCCUCAUCUGAAGCUGCGAACAAAUCACGAAACGAUCAGAGCUUGGGCGCCGAAGAACCAGCGGAACAAAAGGCUCAGGGGACGAAGCGGAAGCGGAGGCCAGUCGUGGUUCCCGUUUUGCGAUUUGCGCUGCCUCCCAAAGUGUCGGUGCCAGAGCAGGACUCGGAGUCGGACGAUGACGACAUGGCUGAUUACUUUGACAUGGAAAUCCAGAAGACCGAGGCUGAGCUGAGCAAACUGCCGGCACCAAGCCUGCCUCGAGACGUAGUCGCGAACUAUGCAGCCAUGUCUCAUGGGUCGAUGGUCCAGAUCCUGAGGGAGGGCGAAGGCCUGACGAGCAUGCUAGGACCGCUCCCCGAAGAAAGUCUUCUCGACAUCGGCAAUCCAGUCGAGCCCGUCUCGGUCGGGCCCAAAGAACCAGAAAUGGAAGAGGAGGCGGCCCCUGUCGCCAACGAGGUCAAGGACCCAGCAACUGUUGACGCACAGGCGGACGAGCCGACACCUCCCGCGCAAAUCGAGGCAGCCACAAAGACGGAGGAGAUGGAUAUCGACGUACCGAGCGUGGACAUCCCCGCAGCGCCCGACGCUCCAUCGGCCAAUGUCGAGCCUCACAAUGAGACCCUGGGAGCAAGCCCUGGCCCCGAUACCGUGACAAAGGAAGAGGACCCUCCGGCCAAAGACGACGGACCUCAAACGGUUCCUCUGGAAACAGUUGGGCAAGGGUCGAAGCCUCCUAGCACACCGUCGCAAGUUCCAGACGAAGAUGACGACGAGACAGAAACUGAGGACGAGGCAUACAUGAAUGUUGAAACGGUUCGCCAAUUCAUGAAAACUCCGCCCGUCGACAGCCUCCCAGACUACAGUUGCACACACUGGACAAAGGACGAGGAGUUCCUUGCAACGCUGGAGCCGGACUCUGCAAUAAACGAUUUCGUAGCUGCGCAUAUACGCAAGGUUCACAUGCAGGAGGCCGAGGCGCUGAGUCAAAGUCAAAAGGAGUAUGCUGAGAACUAUGUCCGUUACCUUGGCUUCACCAUGUCCAAAGACCCAGUCGCUGUGAAGAGCAGGGAUAAAUUCUCUGUUGCUGCCCCGGCCCCGGAAGGUGGCGGCGCCGUUACGCCAGAGACUAAACCUGAAGGGCGUGGGACGGGCAGAAGGUUUGCGACCGAACGCGACCUGGAGCGUGUUCUCCAGGCAUCCAUGCGCGAGGACGAGGAGAGAAAGGAGCGCGAGCUCAGGGCCAAGAAGGAAAAGUACCGCAGCGAUAAGGAGGCUGUUAUACCCGACAUGCUUAGCCGCGAGGAGAUGCUCAUGGCACAGUACAUCGACCGAUCAGGGUUCACGCCACAAGACAGACUCGUCUCGGCGUGGCAUGUCCUGCCGCCCGUCAAUAACUUUACGCAGGAAGAGGCUGAACUCUUCGAGAAGCGAUACCUUGAGUUGCCGAAGCAGUGGGGCAAGGUGGCGGAGGUCAUCCCGAAUCGCGACUUUGGCACCUGCAUACAGUACUACUACUCUAUGAAGAAGGAUCUCAACCUCAAGGAGAAGCUCAAGAAGCAGCCUAAGCGGCGCAAGAAGGGUGGAAGAGGGAAGCAGAGGUCUAGUGCACUCGUGUCGGAACUCGGAAAUGGCGAGCAGGAGGGAGACGACAAUCAGGAGACGGGGGAAAACGGAGAGAGGAGGCGGCCGCGGCGUGCGGCAGCUCCCACUUGGGGCUUUGAGCAGCCGGCAACAGACAGCGAGAAUGCAACCCCAGCAGGAACUCCUGGUCGCCGCGGCGUCUCUGCUGCUGCCAAGGGCGAUCAGCCAGAGAAGACGGAUGGCAGAAAAGGCAGAAGAAAGGCUGCAAAGGACAAGGAGCCUAAGGCCACCAAGGCGAACCAGGCUCUGGCCGCCGCAUCCACUCCGACUGGCGGGAGAGGGCGCUCACGCUCCAGCUCGCGCGCGCCAAACUCAGAGUUUCCGACACCAGCGCCCCCUGAUACCAGCGUGCGCAUGCCGGCUCCCUUGGAGCAGCAGCAGCCGCCGCCGCCUCCGCCGCCACCCGGCAUACAGCCGCCAUUUCCUGUGCAGCAACAGCUCGCCCAGGGAGUUGAGCGGCCGAAGCCUCUUGCUGCGUCGUCCAUCUCAGAAGUCAUGGCAGCGCCAUCCCUCAGGCCGGAGCCUCCUCCACCGCCCCAGCCCUCGAUGACCACUUUCAACUUAGCGCAGCCUCAGACGGAGCGGAAAGCACCGACUCAAGCCUCGAGUUACUGGAGCGUGUCCGAAGCUAACGACUUCCCGCACCUGCUGCGGGCAUUUGGAUCUGACUGGACGUCGAUUGCCGCCCACAUGGGCUCAAAAACCGCCGUCAUGGUCAAGAAUUACUUUGUUCGGCAGAAGGAUGGCAAGGCAGAAUGGGAGGCAAUCGUGCAAGAAGCGGAUGCCAAACGCGUGCGAGGCGAGAAACGGCCCGAACCUCCACAGCCAACGGUUGGUGGUCGAGGUAGAAGAUACGACAACACAGGGGCCGGCGCAUCCAGACCCCUUGCCGUGGCACCGGGCAUGGAUCUCCAAAACGAAUCCCCGCAGCCCAAAGUGGAAGUUCCCCCACAGCAACCUCGCCCCCCGACAUUUUCGGGCUAUGGCGUCGUCCCGAUCGCACAGGCACCGGCUCAGCAAACUCUUGCCCAGCCCAGCCAACAGUCGAUAGCAAUGCAGCAGCAUGCUCUGUCUCAGCCAGCGUCGCAGGCCAUGUCGCCCUCCAGUCGCCCGCUACGAGCACCUCUUCAGCCCUUUGGGUUUCCCGAUCGCGAACGCGAACCAGUCCCGCUUCCUCAAAAGGCUGGCGGAGGCGCUGUCCCAGAGCUCCGUGAACAACGCCCGCUGGCUGCCGCGCAGCCUCUUCAGCCUGCCCGUCCUGACGCGAUGAUGGAGCGGCAGAAGUUGGAAAUGCAGCAGCAGAGAGAGCGGGAAAGGGAACGCGACCGGGAACGCGACCGGGAACGAGAGCGAGAAGUCGAAAGAGAACGCGAGAAGGAACGCGAGAAAGAGCGUGAGAGGGCGCGCGAGAGAGACCGCGAGCGAGAACGGGAGCGCGAGAGGGAGAGGGAGCGCGAGAGGGAGCGCGAGCGAGAGCGGGAAAAGGAUAGAGAGCGUGAGAGAGAGAGGGAAAGGGAGCUUGUGCGACAGGCAGAGCGACAGGCCAUGAGAGUCAACCAGGAGAUGGAGCUGGCACCACAGCGCCACUACGAUCCCUACGGUCACCGCCAGCAGCAGGGCCAUGGGAGAGAGCCACUGUCUCUCGGCAGACCACCAUCUCAGGAGCCUUCUCGGUCUGCCAUGGUCUACCCUCCGCCCGUUGCACAACAGCAGCAGCAGCAGCAGCAGCAAGCACCUCACGCAGUACGAAAUCUCAUAGGCGAGCCUGCGGCUGCACACUCGCCGCCCCUGGGCCCCCCGUCAUCGCGCCCAAUCUCGUCUCUUCAGCACAGGCCAUCGUCAGGGCCUGCGCCAGAAGCCUAUGGCCUCGUGCCGCCAGCACAAACCGCUUCAGCUCCAGCUGCUCCCAAGUCUCGCCCGCCAGAGCCCCGCAAGACCUCUAACAUCAUGUCUCUGCUCAACGACGAUCCCCCGCCGGCGGCAAAGCGCGUCAGCGACGUUUCGAGCAACAUGUCUGGCCCUUCGGGAACGCCUCCACCGCAGAGCAUGGGCCGCACCCCUCCUGGCCCAGCAUCGACGUCCCAACUCCGCCGCGAGGCAGAGCCGCAGUUCUCACCUUAUGGGCGAGUUCCCACGGGAGGCGCAUCUGCCAUGCCACCCCUGAAGCCGACCUACACAGGCUCUCCCAGCCCGGCCCAGCACAUGGGCUCGGCGUCAGCCGAGCGAGACUACUAUAGGCAGCAUGCUUAUACGUCAGGACAUCACAGCAGCGGUACCAACUCUCCCCAAGCGUCGCAUCGUUAUCCCGCGCCUUCGCAGUCGGCUCAGCCUCAGUAUCAGCCAUCUAGUGGUUACCAUGCUACUUAUGUCGGCGGUGCUCCGGUCGCCCACGCUGCAUCGCCGCCGACUCAGUAUGCGGUCCACGGAUCAGCUUCACGGACUCGUGAAGUGCCGCAAGGUGGGCGAGAUAAUGCGUGGCCCCAUCAGGGCCAUCAACAACCACCAGCCAACAUGCAGCAAGGCGGCGGGUGGCCAAGCCAGCCGCCCAAGUCACAGGGACCACCUCCGCCCCAGCAGACUUGGGUCACUCAUUCGAACACGCCAACGCCAUCGACCUCAGCUCAGUCUUGGUCCUCGGCCCCUCCGCCACAGCAAGGCCACCAUAUGAGCAUGCGAGACGAGCGCGGCGCCCCCGUCUAUGCCGGAAGCUCCCAGCCGCCCCAGCAUCGAUACGCUGCACCGGUGCCCCGUGGUCCGGAUUCGAUGACGCCUCAGGGACAACCAGACCCCAGGGAGCAAGGGCGCAGUUACACUCCCGGGGUGUACGACGGACGCGGACCGCCGCCCCCCGGCCCUGGAUAUCCCGGUCAAGAACCCAGGGAGCUGCAGCUCCGAGAUGGACGAGACCCCAGAGACCCCGGAGAUCCGCGGGAGAUGAUGGGCAGAGGUCUGAGGCCGCACGAGUAUGGUCACCCGGAUCGAUAUGGACGAUGA